AAUUUCCUGCAAUGUGCGAAAAGUAUUCAGAAGUAACGGUGUUGCUAACUAACAUGUCGUGAGAGAAGACACGUCGUCGUGUGUUGCCUGAAUCUUUACAGCGUUAAGAUCGCCACAAAUUGGAAGUGUGGCUUUGAUUUUUGUUUUUGUUUUUUGACGACUUAAAACAAAUAUUGUCUGUAGCAGCUUGUCACAAUGGAGGUGGCCCAGUCGCUCGGCGCCGACGAGCAGACGCGUCUGACCCAACUGAGGUUCGACGCCGCCGUCAAAGUCAUCAAGAGUUUGCCACCGAAUGGUUCUUUUCAGCCGUCCAACGACAUGAUGCUCAAGUUUUACAGUUACUACAAGCAAGCCACCGUUGGCAAGUGCAACAUCGCCCGGCCGGGCUUCUGGGACGCCGUGGGCAAGGCUAAAUGGAAUGCGUGGAACUCUCUGGGCGAAAUGACGAAAGAGGACGCCAUGGCGGCCUACGUUGACGAAAUGAAGCUGAUUCUGGAGGGCAUGCCCGUGACGGGCGAGGUGGAGGAGCUCCUGCGGAUCAUCGGACCCUUUUACGAGCUGGUGGACGACAAGAAGAAAAUCACGCAGAUCUCAGACCUCAGCGCAGGCUUCGGCUCCAGACUGAGCGCCGCGUCGUCCAGGAGCGUGGCCAAGAGCGUCAUCAGGACCAUGGAAUUGAACGGAACGCUGGAGACCCGGCCCGCCAAGCCCGCGCCCGACGACCGCAAGGAAACGUCCGGCAAAGUCGCGCGGGAAGAAGCCGAGGACGAGUUCAGGGAAGCCUCUCAGCCAAAGAAGAACGCGGCGCCGAGGCGGCGCACGGCCGACGACGACGCGGCUCGUUUGCCCGACGCCCGAGCGCCGGAUGCUCUGCCUCUGCUCAACGGCCACCGCGCCGACGCCGGCGAGGAUGUGACGGGCCGCGCCCACCUCGCCAGCGACUCGGACAGCGAAGUCUAUUGCGACUCGGUGGACCAGUUUGGCCAAAACGAGAGCCCAGAGCAGAACUGCUCUACGGAGGACCUGGAUGAGGAGGAGCAGGAGGAGGAGAAAGGGGAGGAGCCUGUGGGCCGCGAGGACGUCCAGAGAGCUCCGCGGGGCAUCAGGUGCGGCGGCGAGGAUGGAGACGCCGGCGGGAGCACGACGCAGAGGUCCAGACUCGACGUGGACACGCCGAACUCGUCCGUCGGAGGCGGCAGAGGCUCCAUGUCCUACGGCCGUGCCCCCGGCGCGCUGAAGCCCGCACGCGGCGCCGGUGAAGGCGACGACGACGACGACGGCGGCGGAGGAGGCGAGCGGCGUGGCGGACCGACCACGCCCGCGGGCAGCCUGAACGAGCAGAUCGUGGCGGCGCUGGCUCAGCUGCAGGACGACAUGCGCAGCGUCCUGGACAGGCUCCACGCGCUGGAGGCCCUCGCUGCCACGCAGGCCAGGUCAGCUGCCGUGUCUCCCGUCCACCCGUCCGCGCCGCCCAAUAAAAAAACUCAGAACCCGUCGUGGUGGCCUUUGGACAUUUCUCCCAGGAGUUUGGCCUUUGCCGUCGUCUGGCCCUUCGUGGUGCACUGGCUCAUCGGCCUCUACGCGCAGAGGAGGAGAAGACGACUGAACUGAACCGGACGACGACGCCAGGAAGAGUCCUGGCGGCUUGACUAAAAACCGCUUUUGCACUAAGGAAGGAAGAAAAGUCUCGUGAGGAAACGUGCGUACUCUAUAAAGAAUGUGAUGUCAGGCGGUUUCCAUAGCAACUAGGGCUUUCACCCCGCACGGAGCGGGCCAGAGGCCGUCUUCAGCUUGACGUGAUUUGAAGCUUUCACUUUAGUCGCCCCGAUGCAAUGCUGCUAAAACAAACGCAAGAUGUUGUACCGAAUUGGUAGUUUAAAAAGGAAGACGCCUAAAUAACUCGUGUGUGUGUGUGU